GUCAGCUUACCCGUUGAAAUCCUGCGUAACAAAUACACGUAUGCAUGUAUUCGCACAUGAAUACAUACAGUAUCUACACUGUACCUUCCACAGUGGCUCUGGCAGAUCUAUUCCAGGUCCACCCUAAGUUAAGAUCUGGGAAACCUUUUGUAGCAAAAAAAUCGAGGAGAAAGAGAAAAAAAAGAAGAAAACCAAAAGACACCAAACCACGGAAAACGAGCAGCGACGCCACGCCAGCAUCAUGUCUCGCAGCGACCACAUGGACGCGCUCACGCAGGUGGUGGUCAACAACCUGGCGAACCAGCACGACUGGACGGGGAUCGCGGUGCACACGCAGGCAGGCCUGCCGCGGCCGCUCCUCUACGGCCUGCCGCCCAAGCGCCUCUACGUGCACCCCGACGAGCAGAUCGAGACCAUCAAGGCCGAGAAGGACCGCCCCGACCGCAUCCGCCAGCUGCCCGAGCAGGAGUGGGUGCUGCCGCUGCACCUGUCUGAGAAGUGGUCGCCCGCCCGCUUCGCUCAGGUCUUUGACGCCAUACACCCCGUCCCGCCCGGCCGAGACCCCGUCACCGACGAAGACGACGACGACACGGCCGGCUCUGGUGGUGAUCGCGAUGCCCCCUGGAAGCUCUGGAGAGGUCCCAAGCGCGGGAAGCGCCUCCUUCUCGCUACCGUUCAGGAUGACUCGACCGUCGCCUACUACUGGAUACACGACGGCCUUGUGAAGCCCCGACAAAACUGAGCCUUUUUUUUAUCUUCUUUCUUUAU